AUGAGGGAUAACUUCACUUUAAACAAAUAGAAUGACUUUCAUAGUAACAACUAAAAUGAAAAAAGAAAAGACUAUAUUACAUUUCAAAUUUAGAAGGAAUCCAAAAGAUUGAUUAUGCAACAUAGGUAGAAUGGGGAUAUACGCUAAAAACAAGAUUCAAACAUUUCACUUUUAAAAAAGAAUUUUUAGAAAACAACUACAGAUGAUUAGAAGUCAAAUGAUGUGUUUCUAAAUAGAUUACCAACUGAUUAAUUUAAGAAUUUGUAAAUUUCUAAGGAAAAAUAAACAGGAUAAGCUGGAAAUAAUAAAAAUACAGAAAUACAAACAGCAAAAUAUUAGUUGAAUAAUCACAUAAGUGAUUAAUUUGCAUAAUAACAAUAAUCGAUUAAACCUAUAAAUAAACCUACUAUCAUUUAAACUAAUAAUGAGCCUAAAAAGGUAGGAUUUACUUCAGACUGUGUAUUUUGGGAUUCUUCAAAGAAGAAGAAAAACACUGAUAAUUAAGAUUAAAUAAAAAGAAACAAACUACCCAACAGAGAGGCAAAAAAAUCAUUUUUCUUAAUGGAAUAAGAGUUAGAAAGAAAAAAAUUGGAUUCUUUAGACAAUAAAUAUUUAUAGGAACAAGGAUAAAAAUAGGUUGAUGAAUUGCUAAAUGAGGGUCAAUAAUAUAGUUCAAUAGCAAUAUAGAAAAAAAAGAUUAAUGAAUACAAAGGAUCAGUUUAGAUAAAAAGUAGCUUCGAAGAACAUAUUGAUAGUUUCCAAUAACCUGAAAAUUAAGUUUUUGAAUACAAUAAGCUUCUCAAAUAUUUAUUUAUGAAAGAUUACUUUGAAAAUAGAAAAUAAGAUUUUGAAUUCAAUCAAAUACCCACUAAUUUUUCAAGUUGGGAGUCAUAUAGCAAGAUAUUUCAAUAAUUUUUCUUAAAUGAAGCUUGUGCUUAGAUUAAACAAAGCUUUAUUGAAUUCAUGUUCAAACUAAAAAAAAAUAACAAAUACAGGAAACUGUAAAUCAAAUUAGACGAAUCAGAGGCCAAUAAAGAUGGUACUAUAUUUUAAAUAAGGAAACUUUACGAAGAAUAAAACAUUGAAUAAAAUUAAUAGCAAAUAGAUGAAGACAAUAAAUAAACUUAAUGUUUGAAAGGGUCAAGUUUUGAAGAGACUAAAGAUGGAUACUGCGAGUUAACAACUUUAAAAAACUAUUUGGUAAUUAUCAGCAAUAAAUUCUAAAUUAAGUUGGGUCAAUUAAAUUAAGUAAAUGAAAAAACUAUGCUUUUCUUUGGGAUCUUAAUCGAACCUUAGAAAGCAACAGUACUUCAACAAAUAAAGGUAUAAACUUUUGUUCAACGAUAAAAAUUCGCCUCUUCUCGUUGGUACAAUGUAUUCUUAAUACCAUUUAUGAAGAUAACUACCAUUAUUAGAGAAUAUUAAACUCUUUCAUAAUUAAGGUAUAUGAUGACACCCUUAUUUAAUAUAAUUUAUGAUCCAAAUAGAUAAUAACACUUGUUGGGAACUGAAAUUGGAGGUUCAUGGACAGCGUAAUUUAGGAAUUAAGUUUCAAAUAGUGAAUAUUUGACUAAGUUUUUUAAAUUGGUAGAUUAAAAAUUUAAUAAAAGUCAAGCUAAUUCUAUAAAGGAAAUAUUGUAACAAGAGAAAGGCAUAAGUUUACUUUAGGGACCACCUGGAACUGGUAAAACUCAUACUCUGAUUGGAAUAUUAUCUGGGGCUUAUGAAUAUAUGAAAAUGACUGACAAAUUUCCAAGAAAAAAAAUAUUGAUCUGUGCUCCUUCAAAUGCAGCAAUAGAUGAAAUCAUUUUGAGAAUCAUGAGACCAGACAGCUUAUUUGAUUCAGAUGGUAAACCAAGAGAAGUUAAGGUAAUAAGGAUAGGAUUAAUCGAUGAGGAGAGUGAAUUUUCAGAUACUGUCAAAAAAGUCUCUUUAGAGUAUUUAGCCUAGAACAUGUUACUAAAAUCUUAAAUAAUAAAAUAAGAAGCAGAUUAAAAGACAACAGCUGAUUUAAGAAUUGAUAUUUGCAAGAUCUAAAAUCAAAUUAAGAAAUUACAGAAAAUCAAAAAAUAAGAUCUAACAGAUUAAUCUACUUAUAGUGAACAACUAUCUAACUUGAAAUCAGAUUUGUCAAUUAAAUAGCAAUAUCUAGAAAGGAUGAGAGCAAAAAAAAUACAAUAUAAGGAAUCAUAUAAUUUAUUUUGUGAAAAGAUUUUGAACGAAGCUGAAAUUAUUUGUAGUACUUUGAAUUCAAGUGGAUCUGAGAAAUUAUCUAAAUAUAUGGAUUAAAUUGAAUUAUUAAUAGUAGAUGAGGCAGCAUAAUGUACUGAGCCUUCUAAUAUUAUUCCAUUACGAUUAGGAGUUGAAAAGAUGAUUUUGAUUGGAGAUCCAAAAUAAUUGGCUGCUACUACUUUUUCACCUAGUUCAACUACAGGAUUUUAUAAUAGAAGUUUAUUUGAAAGAAUUUUGGAUAACAAUUUCUAACCGCAUUUCUUAAAUAUUCAAUAUAGAAUGGAUAGUGAAAUAAGAAAAUUUCCAUCCUUUGAAUUUUACCAAAACAAACUCAUAGAUCAUGAAUCAGUAAUUUAAAGAAAGUUACCUGAAAAUUAUUUUAAAAAGUAAAUGUUAUUUCUAGAUAUUAUUGAUGGAUAAGAAAAAAGAGAUAAUACUUCUUACAUCAAUGAAAAAGAAGCUAAUUUAGUUAUUUAAUUGAUAAAUAGCAUCAAAGAAUAAUUUAAAACUUAAACUAUAGGGGUUAUCUCAUCCUAUAAAGCAUAGGUUAAACUUAUCUAAACUUUAAUUAAAUAGAGUAAUACAAGAUUGAAAGAUAUCGACAAUAAAAUCUUAAGUGUAAAUACGGUUGAUUCAUUCUAGGGACAAGAAAAAGAUAUUAUCAUUUUUAGUUGUGUCAGAUCAUCUGAAUGCAAAGGAAUAGGAUUCUUAAAUGAUGGCAGAAGAAUAAAUGUUGCAUUAACAAGAGCUAAAUUUGCUCUAUUUGUGAUUGGAAAUGGAUUAACUUUAUCCAAAGGAUAGCUAUGGAGAAACCUUUUGUAAAAUAUGCAAGAAAGACAAUUAUACAGGAAAAUUUAGAUUACAGAAGAAUUUUCAUUUGAAAAAAUACUCAACGAUGAAUGGGAAGAUUCCGAUAGAUAAAUGUCAGAAAAAUUAAUUGCCAGCAUAUCAUCCUAAAAACUCUCAAAAUUUUGAUCUUUUAUUUUAUAGUGCUUUUUACAUUUUGUUAUAGCUUA